UCUCUCUGUGUGUGUGUGUUAUUCCUGUUUGUUUAUCCAUCCAUUAUAAUAUGUAGUUUGGUGAUCUACUAUUUUUUUGAUUUGUUCUUCUCUUUUUCUGCAGAUUCCUUAAUCCCUGUCCUUUAAAAAAAACAGCACCUCAUUACAUUAGGCACUUCUAAGAGCCACAUUUGGCUUGUUUAUUGUCUUAUUUGUAUUUUUUUAUUGUCUUGUUAUUUCUCUCUCUCUCUCUCUCUCACACUCUAUCUCUAUCUCUCACUCUCUCUCCAUCCCUGACUCUCUCCCCUACCAUCUGAGUGGUGGUUGUUUUUUAGAGGGACGGAGGAACUGGGUUGCUGCCUCUUCUUCAGUCACUUUAAUCAACUGAAAGUGUAAAGAAUGACAAAGCCAAAAUUCAGGCCUUGCCCAAGCUGCCAGGUCCGUCAGCAGGCUAACCGCAAAACCUGCAGUGCUUGUUUUGCCACACUGCCAAGCAAGCGGUUAUUGAAAACUGCAAAAAUUAAUGAUGACUGGGGCCAGAGGGUCAUCAAAAACAAAAAUGCAUCUCGGGUGGUGGCCUCUGCCCAAAUAGCUGUCCAAAAACUUUCUGCCUUGGGCUAUAUGCCCAUAUUAUUUAUCAGCCAGAGGCACAAGGGCACAGGAAAAUUGAUGGCAGAUGUAGUAACGCAUCUGCCACCGACGCAGAACAACACACGUUUCUUAACCAGCAUGAAGAGGGCAUAUGACUUCAUGAUCAAACUGGAUGAUGUGUCCCAGCCCCAGCAAGACCAGCCCCUAGACCAGCUAAUCCCACAAGACCACCAACUGAUUACACUUGAAGUAUGUCCAAUCGUCUCUCAGGCUCAGCAGCAUGUGGAGCUUCUACCACCAAGGAAAAGACAAACCCCACCAUCCAGCCCAGGCCAAGACAGACAAGCCCCACCAUCCAUCCAACCUCAACUAAAGAAAAGACAAACCACAGGUACAGGAGCCACACAAGCCCCACCCUCGACCCUGGCCAAAAAGAAGAAAACAAAAAGUUGCAAAUGCAGUCGACAGACAAUUUAUCCAUAUGAUAAAAUAUUGGAAAGACGGAUGAAUGGGGGGAAGGCAGCAGAGGUGAAAGUGCGUUGGCUACCUUGCUCUUCCUGUGGCAGAGUCUGGGAGGACACCUGGGAGCCGGCCAGCAAAUUCGCCUGAUGACUAAUACUGUUUUACUAUUUGUUUUGUAUAUAUUUCUCAAUAAUUAAAUUCACUAUUGUUACAUUUUA